AUGGAAGCCUCGCCGCUGUCACAAUGGCUAGGCGGUCCCUACAUGAUUGUGCUCAAGGACCCGGCUGGCGAGCGCAUACGAGGAAUCUUGAGGAAUCUGGUGCCUGAACAACACCUUAUACUUGACAGAGCCACCGUCCUGAGCACAGGUCGAACCUUCGGGCAACUGAGAAUCAGCGCCGACAACGUGGCCGACAUCGUAGCGCUACAGACACUCGAAGUUGCCGUCGACUCGAUCGCUUCUCGAGCUCCUGCACCCCCCUUUGCGCCAGCACCGUCUCUACCCACGGCCCCUAGAGCCACCUUCCAGGAUCCCGCCAUACUGAGCAUGGGCCGGAAACCUGAGGUACCCUUGCACGAGCCUGACCAAUACCAUCAUCAUCUGCCAAACACGGGGGAGAAGCGAGCUCCUGCUGUCGUCACCAACCCGGCUGACCGAACGACGUACUCUUCGACUGAUGAAUCCGAUACGACAACAACUGCCACUGCCACUGCCACUGCCACUGCCACUGCCACUGCCACUGCCACGCUCAACGCCCCCGUGGCACAGAUGACCAUAUCAACAUCAGACUCAGCAGACCCCAAUAUCACCGAGGACAAAACCCAAGAUCUACGGACGACGGCUUUGGCUUUGAACGUGCGUUCUGGCCCUGCACCCAAGGAGCGGGCACGGAGAGGAAAGCGUGGAAAGAAGCAUCAGGGCACCAAGCGAGAAGACGUUGCAUCGGUAGCGUCCAAUGCGCGGCCGACUAAUCAGGGCGAUGGCUGGAGGCAGACUCCUAUUCUACAGUCGAACAAGUCGUUUCAGCCAUUCGCCUCACUCAAAAAGGGCCGCAAAGGCCGUGCCGAUCCAAACGCGGAGAACGGCUGGGCCUCGGAGGACGUCACAGACGUCCAGGAGGCAGGGGACUUUGACUUUGAGAGCAGUCUUGCCAAGUUUGAUAAGCGGUCGGUAUUCAAUGAGAUGCAGGAACAGGACCAGGUCGAUGAUGCCGCACGUCUUGUCUCCCAUAACCGUCUUCCGCGGCCCAAGGCGGGGACGGCAGGUGGCAAGAACCUUCACUACAGUGAGAACGUCCUGGACGUGCCGUCGCCUGCUUCAAAACUCAAGGAAACCCCUGGUGAUUUCUGGAAGAGCGAGGCUGACGAUGAGAAUGUCAACCCUGGUGCCGAGGUGCUCAGCGGUCGCGAGGGCAGUGGCAGGACCUCACGCCUGAGGAACGAAUCCCGCAUCUCAACCACCCGCCGCUCACAGUCACGGAAGGCGAGUGCCACUGCUAGUGUCGGUGGCCCAGGCCGUGUGAACUCAGGUCCCGUCUCAUCCUCCACGGCCGCGGGCCUGUAUACCGUGCCGUCAGAUCGCCGCAUCGAGACCGUAACUCAUCUCCAGAUGCUUGUCGUUGAGAACGUUGCCCAUAACGAACUCGGGCUGACGGAGGACCUCAUGGCUGAGAAUGCAGGUCGAGGCAUCUCCGAGGUGGCCAUGCACGCCCUGGACGAUCCUGCCAUUAAGCUCCGUGUCGCCGCUGCAGCUUCACCACCCAGCUCCCCGACUAUCGUUGUCCUUGCUGGUAACAACAAGUCGGGUGUGAGGGCGAUUUCGGCGGCCCGCCAUCUACGCAAUCGGGGCAUCAACAUGCUGGUCUGUGUGGUCGGUAUAGAGCGGGAACGGGAGCUGCUCGAGGACAUCCGAAAGCAGGUGCGGCUCUUCCGCAACUUCGGUGGCGUCGUCGGCACCAAGUCAGAGCUCUUUGAGCGACUCACACAGACCACGGGCCCCCUGAGUGCGCCGUCUCAAAUCUCUGUGACGCUGAUCAUCGACGCUCUCCUGGGACUUACCAUAUCUUUCGAGGAGCUCCGCAAGAGUGAUCAGGCCACCACCUACGAGCUGAUGGAAUGGGCGAAUCGGAAGGUCGAGGCUUUUGUCAUGGCCAUCGAUAUCCCCAGCGGUAUUGAACCGUCGUCGGGCAAGGUGAACGUCAUCGACGGGGCCAAGCUCUAUGUCCAUCCUCGGUACAUCGUUGCCCUGGGUGCUCCGAAGCAGGGUCUCGUCGAGGCCCUGGAGAUGGGCGAGGAGCAGGGCGACAUCAUGAUGGUCGACGAGUGGAAGCUCUACCUUGCCGAUCUCGGCCUCGGUGCGCUGGUGUGGCGGAAAGCGGCUGCCAAACUACGCCGUGGCAUCGAGUUCGACGACAAGUGGGUGCUUCGAUUGCGAUACCAACCUCGCUUGACGGGCACUGGUUGA